AUGUGAACGACUUCCGGCUGAAUUUGUCGGAUUUCGGUCUUUCAGCAGUGCAAGAUGGCUGAUCAGACGGAGCGUGCGUUUCAAAAGCAGCCGACAGUUUUCUUGAACCGCAAAAAGGGCGUUGGACCAAAGUCCAGAAAGCCCUCGAGGUACACCCGGAAUGUCGGUCUGGGAUUCAAAACGCCACGUGAAGCCAUUGAAGGCACCUACAUUGACAAAAAGUGCCCCUUCACUGGAAAUGUUUCGAUCAGAGGUCGUAUUCUCACUGGUGUUGUGCAGAAAAUGAAGAUGCAGCGGACCAUUGUGAUUCGCAGGGACUAUCUUCAUUAUAUUAGGAAAUACAAUCGGUUCGAGAAGAGACAUCGCAACAUGAGUGUUCAUCUAAGUCCUGCCUUCAGGGAUGUGGAAAUCGGUGAUGUCGUGACUAUUGGCGAAUGCAGACCCCUGAGCAAAACAGUCAGAUUCAAUGUCCUCAAGGUAACCAAAGGAACUGGAUCGAAGAAGAGUUUCAAGAAGUUUUAAUUCUACUUUUCAACAGCCGAUGAACGCUUCUGGAGACGAUUGAAAAGCGCUGAUUGAUCAUCAUUCACCAUCACCUGGAUUAUUCUCUCUGUAAAAACAACUUCUGAAGCCAAUGUAAGCGCAAUAAAAGAAGGAUGGUGAAUAAAUUUCGAUUUCCACGUU